GUUCUAUAAUGUCACAAUUUAUAUGCUUGGUUUUUUGAAUUCAAAUACUUAGCAAAUGAGAAAUCGGAAAGAUGUUUUUGAUAAUUAAGCUCAUACUUCUAUUGUCGUUAGGUUUGUGUUACUAUUGUACCAUUGAUACAAACGCUUCAGAGCUUCAAUACUUAGCGGAUCAUUUAACAGAAGAGGAAUGUAGGAGAUUAGUUGCAGCGGCUCAUUUCAAAACCUACGAAGUGCCUAAUUCCUUGGAUCAAGCAGGUAAAGUGUGGAAUAAAUUGUAGUUUCCAGAGCAUUUUCCUUUUUCAAAAUUAAAUAAUAUUUUUCGGCACCAAGAAAGAAAGAUCCCAAAAGACGUACCCUGCAUUGAUUUACUUCACCACUGGAAUUCUCAAAAAGAUGAAGGAAAAGGUGAAACGCACGAAGCUUUGGAACAUCGAUUAAGACAAAUGGGAAAGACGGAACUUGCAGACUGGCUGGGGAAAACUGUUUUUCGCGAGUUAGCUGUCGAUUUGAACAGAAGUUUUGAGGACGAUUUCACAGAAACUGUCACAAACAUCUUCCUAAACAGUACAACAUAUUUUCAUCCAGAUAUGGGAACCCUUCAAGCAGUUGUUAAAGGACAAGCGCCGUCAUGGACUCAUAUGGAUACAAUUAUGAUUUUGGCAAUAGGGGGACUCGUUUUAUUUUUUACUGGAGUGUGCUGUAAGCUGUGCUGCACAAUAAUAAUCAGGAGAAGGAAGCGUGCCAAGAAAGCCCGAGAAGAAAGGUACCCUAUAAGGAACCAUCUGGAAAACUCUCACAAAACUUGAGAUUCGCUUCCAGUCAAGACCCCAAUAUGAAUUUUGUACAAACCCCAUUUAUAGUUGAAUGCUAAGAAAAAGCAAGAUGGUGUAGAAAGGGCCAGGUAACAAAUUUUAUACCAAAAUCAAAUCUAACAUUUCAUCUCUGAACUAAUGAAUCAUUUCAUAAUCUAAAUCAAAUAACAUCACCUUUUAGGAAGAAAGAUGAAGAAAUCCUGAUAUACAGUGUUUUAGAAACCACAUCUGGAUCAGAGUCUGAGGAUCGCUUUGACAUUAGGAACAUUUCUGAGAAAGAGUAUUGACAAAGUUAUAUGAACAUUUUAUUUAUUAGGUUAAAUUACAUAAAGUACAACACA